UGUACCUUCGGUCUUUCUUCAUUAACAGAGUUCUACGGCACUGCUACUCCAAAAAUGCUAGUACCGUUAACAAGCUGGUGUUGAAUGGGGCGGGGACAAUUUUCCGGCCUAUGCUUUUUCUCCUCAUGAGCCAACUCCUCCACACUUUCCAUUGUGGUGUUAUUGCUAUCAUUUUCCACACUUAUAUGUUCAACUCUUCAUGCAAGCGAAGUUUAUGAAGUGGUUGAAAAUCAGAAUUACAGCUUUGUUAAAAGAUAGGGGGAUAUACCAUUGUUGAUCAUACAUAUGAUGCAGUUGUGGUUGGAGCUGGUGGUGCAGGACUUAGAGCAGCCAUUGGACUUUCUGAGCAUGGAUUUAAUACUGCUUGUAUUACCAAGCUUUUCCCUACACGUUCUCAUACGGUCGCUGCACAGGGUGGUAUAAAUGCAGCACUAGGGAAUAUGUCCGAAGAUGACUGGAGGUGGCAUAUGUAUGAUACAGUUAAAGGAAGUGAUUGGUUAGGUGAUCAGGAUGCUAUUCAGUACAUGUGCAGGGAGGCACCAAAAGCAGUCAUAGAGCUAGAAAAUUAUGGAUUACCAUUUUCCCGAACUGAAGAAGGAAAAAUUUAUCAGCGUGCUUUUGGUGGUCAAAGCUUGGACUAUGGGAGAGGUGGUCAGGCCUACCGUUGUGCCUGUGCUGCUGAUCGUACCGGUCAUGCUUUGCUUCACACUCUGUAUGGUCAGGCAAUGAAACACAACACGAAGUUCUUUGUGGAAUACUUUGCAUUGGAUCUCAUCAUGGACAGUAGUGGUGCCUGCCAAGGAAUAAUUGCACUAAAUAUGGAGGAUGGGACUCUGCAUCGGUUCCGUGCUGCUUCAACCAUUUUGGCCACUGGGGGUUUUGGGAGAGCAUACUUCUCUGCGACCUCAGCUCAUACAUGUACUGGAGAUGGAAAUGCCAUGGUGGCACGUGCAGGGCUACCACUUCAGGAUCUUGAAUUUGUGCAGUUCCACCCCACGGGUAUUUAUGGUGCUGGGUGUCUCAUCACUGAAGGAUCUCGAGGCGAAGGUGGUAUUCUUAGGAAUAUUAAUGGCGAACCUUUUAUGGCUCGGUAUGCCCCAAGUGCCAAGGAUCUUGCAUCAAGAGAUGUUGUUUCAAGAUCUAUGACCAUGGAAAUUCGAGAAGGUCGCGGUGUAGGACCAUUGAAGGAUCACAUCUAUCUCCACUUGAACCACUUGGCGCCAGAAAUUCUGAAGGAGAGACUUCCAGGGAUUUCAGAAACUGCUGCCAUAUUUGCGGGUAUUGAUGUUACCAGGGAGCCUAUCCCAGUGUUACCUACUGUUCACUACAAUAUGGGAGGUAUACCUACGAAUUACCAUGGAGAGGUUGUUACAGUGAAAGGGGAUAAUCCAGAUUCAAUUGUUCCUGGAUUAAUGGCUGCUGGUGAGGCAGCAUGUGCAUCCGUUCAUGGGGCUAAUCGUCUCGGUGCAAAUUCUUUACUUGACAUUGUUGUUUUCGGUCGAGCUUGUGCAAAUAGAGUUGCGGAGAUCCAAAGUCCAGGUGCACCACAAAAACCAUUGGGGAGUGAUGCUGGACAGAGAACUAUUGAAUGGCUGAAUAAACUUAGGAACUCAAAUGGUUCACUGCCAACUUCAAAGAUCCGUCUAAAUAUGCAAAGGGUGAUGCAAAAUAAUGCAGCUGUUUUCCGUACCCAGGAAACUCUAGCAGAAGGCUGCGAGUUAAUCGACCAAACAUGGGAGAGUUUUCAUGAUGUUGGGCUGAAAGAUCGUAGUCUGAUAUGGAACUCUGACUUGAUUGAGACAAUUGAAUUAGAAAACCUUUUGAUUAAUGCAUGUAUAACCAUGCACUCUGCUGAAGCUAGGAAGGAGAGCAGAGGAGCACAUGCACGAGAAGAUUUCACGAAAAGGGAUGACGUGAACUGGAUGAAGCACACUGUGGGGUACUGGGAGGAAGAGAAGGUUAGGCUUGACUACAGGCCUGUUCAUUUGAACACAUUAGAUGAUGAAGUUGAAUCUUUCCCUCCAAAAGCGCGUGUUUAUUAGAAAGGAUCAUUAGUCAGGAAAGAAUUUUUUUGGGAAAGGAGAGUUCAAGCGAACAAGCAUAUUAGUGAAGGGUAACAUGGGCUAGAAGGGGAAGAAGCAUAAGAAAUGAGAGUUCAGCCCAAAUAAAGAAAAUUUGUUGCAAAAUUGCAGGCUUAUUCCAUAAACAGUGGUUGAAGCUUAAGAUUUUGAUAAUGAUGUGAUGAUAUAAGAAAUUAUAAAGUGUCUCUCAUUACUACAAUUUAAAUUUGUUUGAAUACUACUAUUAUUCUUUGAAAAUCUUGUGAACUUUUGAAGAUAUUAAUCAAUUAACUAAUGAGAUCAUUAACUUGUUCCAGUU